CUGGGCCUCAAAGUGGUGUAUCGGCCGCCAAAAGAGCGCAAGGUGGACAUCAUAUUUGUUCAUGGUCUUGGCGGGAGCAGUCGCAUGACAUGGACGAAAGACCACAACCUCGACAACUUCUGGCCCCUCAAGUUCCUGCCUCAUGAGCCCGAGAUAGGAGAUGCCCGGAUCAUGACGUUUGGAUACAACGCCAAGUUCAAGCCGGGAAGCAGUGGGUCAAGUACCAUAUCUGUGCUGGACUUUGCCAAGGAGUUGCUCUACGACCUCAAAUAUGCGACCGAUGAGUCGUCGCCGGAACUAGAGGAUCUUAGGCUGGGACACAAACCGAUCAUAUUCCUGGCUCACUCGAUGGGCGGACUCAUCGUAAAGGAGGCAUACAUGCAGGGCAAAGAUGACCCCGAGUACGCGGCUAUCAUCAAGGCCAUCUCAUCUAUCAUCUUCCUGUCGACACCACAUCGUGGAACAAACCUAGCUGAGACGCUAAACCGCAUUCUUAGGGUCUCAUUAGUCGCCAAGCCGAUGCAGUUCAUCUCCGAGCUCACAUCGGGCUCACAGACGUUGCAGAAGCUGAACGAGUCGUUCCGGCACGUCGCUGAGAAGCUGCAGAUUAUUUCGUUUUAUGAGACUCGCCCGACGCCAAUAAUCAAAAGCGCUACCAGUAUCAUGGUCUUAGAGAAGGAAUCCUCGGUGCUCGGGUACCCUGGCGAGAUAUCGAAGCCACUGGAUGCGGACCAUAACGGAGUCUGCAAGUAUGAUGGCCCAGACGAUCCGCGCUACAUCACCAUCAGGAAUGCGCUAAAGAGUUUGGUUGCCAAGUCCAAUCAUAAAGGUGCGUUUCGUAAUACAUGUCUUCCUGCAAAGGAGAAUCUCGGGAACUAUCUCUCCUCGGCAGAGUCACCAAACCAAGACUUCAACUUCUUCCGUGACCGCUGGACUGUGGGGACCUGCGAAUGGAUAUUCAGCAACCAAGCCUUCACAGCCUGGCUCGAGGACGAUCGAAUAACCCCCCACGUCCUGUGGCUCCAGGGCAACGCAGCUGGAGGCAAGUCUAUCAUGUCGUCGUUUAUUAUCGACAAGCUUGCCCGGGGCGGCCUGCCGUGUUACUAUUUCUUUUUCCGCUUCAACGACCAAAAGAAGCGCUCAAUAGGUACCCUUCUUCGGUCGCUCGCUGCCCAGAUGGCCAACUCGAUCCCUGCCUACGCAUAUAAACUACUGGAUGUGGCUUCGGUGACUACCGAUCUGAAAGCGGCUGACUUUCGGAGUAUCUGGCAAUGGUUCUUCAAGGACACUCUGUUUGCUCUGGGAGAGGAAGUCGAAAAUCCGAUAUACUGGGUGAUGGAUGGGCUGGACGAGGCUGACACGCCUUCGUCACUGAUCCGCCUACUAGCCGACAUCGAUGCAGCCUCUGUCAAGAUCCCUCUUCGCGUUCUUAUUGUCAGUCGAAAGACUCACGACCUCUCAUCUGCCUUUGUGCGCUUGGGCAAACGGAUCGACAUGGACACUAUCUGGAUUGAGGGCAACCGACAGGAUCUUCUUGCGUACGUUGAGCAAGAAAUGGACUUUACCGAGGAAAGCGAGUACCGUGAUCAGGUCGUAGCCCAGCUGCUGGAGCGCACGGGAGGAAACUUCUUGUGGUUGCAUCUGGCUGUGCACAAGAUCAACCAAUGCCACACCAAGUUAGACGUGGAACGGGCGCUUGAAGAUCUACCGUCAGGUAUGCACGAGCUAUACGAUCGAAUGGCUUUGUUGGUGCAGAACCAGCCAAAGGCCAGUGACCGUCGCCUGGGGCAGAGUAUUCUCGGCUGGGCUACAUGUGCAAGGCGAUCUCUCAGCAUUGAGGAACUGAAAGAUGCCCUGGGAGGAACAAGCGAUAUGCGCGAGAUUGUCGAGAUCCAUCGGACUGUGGAAGAUCUCUGUGGUGGCUUCGUUGUGGUCGAUAAUGAGGGCAAGAUUGCCAUGCUCCAUGAGACAGCGCGCGAGUAUCUUACUGGCUCGACUUUGUAUGAGAGCUCUGGACGACGGCCAUACGCAAUUGAUCCGCGACGGACACACGAUUUGCUCUUCAAGAGGUGCAUAGCUUGUCUCACGGAUCCAUCGCUGCGGAAUCUCAUCAAUCGCGGCGAGCCACCCGCCCUCCUCAACUACGCCAUCAGCUCAUGGUAUAUUCACCUGUCUAAGGGAACAUGCAUCGACCCCAACCCUGAGAUUCUUGAUGUCGUGGUUCGAUUUCUUCGCAGCCCUCACGUCCUUGUCUGGAUGUUCAGCGCAGCGACUCAGAACGAACUGCGGUUCCUCGUCAUUGCGUCUCGAUAUCUGGCUGGCGUGGUGCUUGGCCUGCGACAGCUCCAAGAUGAAGGCGAGUCUUUGGCCCAGCGGCAGGCCACGGAAGUCAUCGAGGGUUGGGCAACGGACCUGAUCAAGAUCGUGGGCAAGUUCGGCAAGAACCUGACGCGGGACCCAGACUCAAUCUACAGGCGGAUUCCGCCGUUCUGCCCGUCGCCAUCCAUGAUCUAUCAGCAAUUCGGCAAGAAAGAAAGUCGGACGCUGCACGUCUCCGGAGUGGCGACCACAAGAUGGGACGACUGCCUAGCGCGCUUUUCCUUCGAGUCCGGAGCUGUGGCCUCGACGGUACUGAACGCUGGAAGCCACACGAUCGCCACUUAUAGCGACGCAACGUUUGGGGAGCAGCGGCGCAUGCAACACGCCGAACGGGUUCUCAUGAUACAGGUGAAUAAGCUGGGUAAUCUGCUCGUGAGCUACGGCUAUAAAACGACCAGGAUAUGGGACAUUACGACGGGUGCUUGUAUCAAGGUGGCCAGCAACCCAGCCACACUGCCGCGACCUCAGGCCAUCACCUUCGUCCAAGACGAAAUCCUGAUGAGUAGCGAGGACCGCUGUGUUCGUUCUCUGUCCAUCAGUGACGAAUCUAGUGUUGAUUGGAGGCUCAAGUCGCGGGUCGAGGAACAAGGCCAGGUCUUAGACGGCAUCAUAGCCAACGCUCCCUCCUGCGCGGCCAUUAGCCACGAUGGGCGUAUGGUUGCUUACGGAUAUCGAGGGCAUCCCAUCACUGUCUGGGAGAUUGACCCCACUGUUUUCUUCAGCGAGAUUGUGCUAGACGCAGAUGGUGCAAUUGACAUGUUAGAGGCCUCAAGUAUGAGAUGGCACCCUCUGCGUUAUGAGAUCUUCUGCCUGAGUAAUCUUGGCAUCCUGUUCAAAUGGGAUCCAGAUUAUGAUCAGGCUGAAUUCACGACGCACUCUGGGGCAGACAAGCUCAACAUCAACUCCAACGGCUCUCUUGUGGUGACCGGGGACGCGAGGGGUAACAUCAAAGUCUAUGCCAGUGCAGACCUCUCGCUGCUAUGCCACUUGCAUUCGCAGGACAACAUCGUGAGUUUAUCCUUCAGCUCAGACUCGCGGAGGCUGUAUGACGUGCGCAGUCUUUAUGGAAUCGUCUGGGAGCCAAGCACGCUCGUGAGGCUGGCGGAAAAGUCCGAAUACCCAGAGAGCAAUACGGAUCUCGAAUUCACGGGCGAUAACGAAAGUCUGGCGAAGCUGUCGCUCUAUUCCGAACACACUUCAGCUCAAUUCGACAGCGUCGUCUCGCUCGCCAGACAACCAGUCGGGUCCCUCUACUGCUACGCUACCGAGGACGGCGUCGCAAUGCUAGGAGAGGUUGGGAAGGGUAACGUAGGAGAGUUGGCGCGCUCAGCGAGCUACUUAGCUAUGGAGCACAUGGUUUGGAGCGAGGAUGGGCGACUCGUCGUCUUGAGCGAUCUCGGGGGGCGGUUACUAUUCAAGCGAGUCACGCGGUCUUCCAAUAAAUGGAGCAUCCAACACGAGCAUGAUCUCGUCAUUCCACCCUUGCAAGGACACAUCACACAGCUCGUAGUCCAUCCAUCCGGAGAUCGACUGCUUGCCGCUACGCCGACAACGCUGCACUGCGUCAACCUCAAGACAUGGGAAAUAAAUGCCAAGCCAUGUCCCAUUAAUGUUGAGCCCCAGAUCAAAUGGGCAUGCCAUCCCACGAUACCUGACUACAUUCUCGGAUUCUCGAGAACGCGGGUGCGCAUCGUGUCUUGGGUAACUCUCGAUGAGUUGGGUGUUCGAACAUAUGAGCUUCCAAGGGCAACGAAGCAGCAAGCGCCAGGGCCAACGACUGCUUCACACGGACUCUUGGCCCGCUUUCCUCAGAUUCUUUUCGAAACACAUCUGGCCGGAUCAGGGGAGUCGACCCGCGAAUUCCUCGUCUUCGAGGCAGCGGACAUCACUCCAAGCCCGGACGACGCAACGACGGGGCUUUCGUAUACCACCUUACCAGAACAUGUCGCCUCACGCAUACGGGAGCCUCUCGCCUUCCUCCCGCGGGGCAAACUUGCCUACCUCGACAUCGAUAGGUGGAUUUGCACACGGCAUGGGUCGGAAUCUGCUGCACUGGGCAACACCAGCGGCAUAGAGAGGCAUUAUUUCUUACCUGGAGAUUGGGCCACGGCGAAUGAGGCGUAUCUCUGCGCUAUGACGCCGGAUGGGACUCUGCUAUGUCCGCAGAACGGGGGUAUCGCAUCACCCUACUUUUGCUCGUCAUAUAGACCCCUCCUAGACAUGUCCACCGAACCAAAGCACGAGUUGGGCGCACCGAGGCCCAGUCUAAUCCCGGAAGAGCCUUACUCGGCUUUCAGUAACUGGCAAAAACGCUCGAUCGUGAUUCUGAUGGCCUCGGUGGGCUGUCUCGGCACACUCAGCAGCUUCGUCUACUUCCCCGCAAUCCCACAACUGACCGACCAUCUCCAUGUCUCAGUCGCCGACAUUAACCUGACCAUCACCGUGUACCUCAUCGUGGCGGCGAUUGCCCCGACUAUCGUUGGCAAUUCCGCCGACACCAUCGGCAGGCGGCCGACCGUCGUCGUCUGCUUGGUUAUUUAUCUCGGUGCGGACAUUGGGCUGGCCCUGUCACCAUCGUUCGCUGCUCUGCUGUGCUUUCGCAUCUUACAGGCCGCCGGGAUAUCGGGGACGUUUGCCAUCACUUUUGGAGUCCUCGGUGAUUUAUUCACGCCUGCGGAACGAGGGAGCACAUCGGGCAUCAUGUCCUUUGUUCUUAACACCCCUCCAAGUUUUGGCCCUGUGCUUAGUGGAUUGCUGAUGCAACGGUGGGGAUGGCGUUCGAUCUUCUGGUUCCUCACAACGGCGUCAGCGUGCUUCUUACUUGUCAUCGCUCUAUGUCUUCCUGAAACUUCCCGAUUGGUUGUUGCAAACGGGAGUACACCAGCGACUCAUGGUCUUCGUAGGCCGAUUCUCCCACUUUUACUCCCUAAAUCUUUGGUAGGCGAGCAAGCUUCCGCAAGCGCAUCAAAUAAUGAGAGAACUGGGCGCAUCAGCUGUCCCAAUCCGCUUAAGACGCUUAGUGUACUGAGAAAGCCUGCAACGUUCCUCAUUAUCUGCGCAAUGGCCAUAUACUACGCCAUCUACUCGACUCUUCAAGCUUCGCUUUCGAGUCUAUUUAGCAGCACAUACAAAACUUCGAGUGUAGUCACCGGCUUGAUCUAUCUUCCAUUCGGUGUCGGAUGCGGUCUCGGUGCUGUCCUCUCAGGCAAAGUACUGGACAUAGAAUACAGACGAACGGCGGCUAGGCUUCAUUUUCCACUGGACCGCGGAGCAAACCAUGAUCUGGCCUCCUUUCCCAUCGAAAAGGCUCGUCUUGGCAGCCUGGUUUACGCUUUGCUGCCUUGCUGCCUCUGCAUCGCUGGAUACGGCUGGUCAAUCCAGUACGAGUUGCACAUGGCGGUGCCGCUUAUACUACAGUUCCUCAUCGGUCUUCCCGUGCAGGGCAUUUUCACAGCCAUAGGCACGCUGCUGGUAGACACUCACCCGGGCAAACCAGCAAGUGCACAGGCGGCGAACAACUUUAUCCGCUGUGCAACUGCAGGUGCAGGACUAGCUAUAUUCGAGCCUGCACUUAGGCGAUUAGGGCCAGGCUGGACUUUCGUACUUUCCGCCGCAAGCGGUCUCGUGGCGGCUGCGCUGCUGUUCUGGGUCAGGGGUUCCGGUAUGUUAUGGAGGAGACGCUCUCGCCGCCGUCAAGCUAACAAAAUCAGCUCUCACUAG